AUGGGAACAAAACCACAAGUAGAAAGUGUAAUCACUCGUCUGAUGUGUCUUGAUGAGCAGCAACCUCUGCAUCCUAUCCAUAAACAACAAAGUGUGCUCUCUGAGAACUACCUUCGCAAGACGGCUUCCAUAGGUUUACGAGAGGGAAGCUCAUUCUUUAUUGGAAACUCACGUAGAGUAUGUAGUGGAUGGCUGAAGGGAAUCAAGGAUACCUCUGAACUUCAGAUAUCAAAAGAUCAACAUGUUACUCAGUCAGUUAAUGAUAGAAGUGCAAACUUAAGUACAAAAAAGUUACAAACGGAAGUCUUCAAGUUGUUGGCUGGACCAAGAGGCAAAAAUGGAGAAAUAUUCAGCAAGAAAAGCAAGUGGCGUGCUCCAGAAAAUGUCUUCAAAUCUGUCCAGAAAGUUGAGAAUGAUUCUCUCACAGGUCACUGUGGAGAGCUCGGUCUAGAUCACUUGAAUGAUUUUUUGAAAUCUCAAUUGGAGAUCCUUGACAGGUCUUAUCAUUCUUCAACAAGGAUUUCUGAAUUGAAAUCGAAUUCCACUAUAAAUAAAACUGAUUUUAGACAUAGAAGGUCUUAUCUACAUCCUAGACCAGGAUACAGAGAUUGUGGGGAGUCCUUAAAAGCAGAAACCGAAAAACUUCAUAAUGGGGUAAUAUAUGAAGAGCAAGUAUCCAAUGACAUGGAAUCUCCCAUUCACAGUUUUAGCGCUCGUAAAGGAACUAUGAAUACAAGUUUACAACCUUCUGAAUUUGAAGUUAUGAGUGGGACCAUUUCAAAUGCCCUGCAUUUAAGGCAAGAUGACGCUGAAAUGAUUGCCCAGAAAGAUAGCUUAGGAUCUAGAGGCUCGAGGGGUUAUGAGAAAAUCCAGACCUCUCUUGGUGUGGAUUUAUGCUAUGAUUGCACUAUAUCACGAAGUGCUAUGACUUCUGAGUUAUCUAGCUGCAAUUUCUCUUGCUUAGGUUUAAACAAUAAUAACCCUGAAGCAUACAGCAAAGGUAUUCAGGAUGCAAUAGAAAACAGUUCUGAGAAGGAAAAUAGGUGUGGAGAUAUUGAGCAUGUGCCCAGAGUUUCAAAGCUAUCUGACGGUCAUAUUGCCUCUCGAAGUACAGUUGAGACUAGAUUAGCAAACACUGGGAUUUCUUCUAGAAUCAUCAAGGACAGGAAUUCUGAACAAAAUCCCGGCAUCUUUUCAGUUAUUGAUGCACAUUAUUAUGAUGUUUGCGAAGCUUUCACUCAACAGGAAUUGUCAAACGAAUUUUCUGAGGAAGAGUUACAUGAGACUGUAAAAGGCAUAAAUCAGUAUAGCCCUGAUUCGGUUCUUAGUCCACUUGAAAUAGAGAAUUCUUCUACAUCAGAAUGCUUUGAGAGUGUAGCUACUGAUUUCGACAGUCUUUUUGAGUCGGAAGAAACUCACUCCAGAGGUUCUGAGAUGGUUAUAUCAAAUGAGGAUAUGAAGAAAGAGUUUGAUGAUCUCUCUCUAGAUGGCGGAAUUCUCCAGUGGUCAUUUGGAUAUGAAGAAAGUCGGGACUUCUCUUACCUGCUCGAUGUUUUAGACAAGGCAGACUUUGAUCAUGUGGAUUUAAUCGAAUUUUCUAAGACAUUUAAUUCACAGGAAUACCCAGUAAGACCCUUAAUGUUUGAGGCAUUAGAGAAAAAGUAUAGUAGGCAGACAUUAUGGAGAAAGUCUGAGAGGAAGCUUCUGUUUGAUCGUAUAAAUUCUGGGUUGAAAGAGAUUAUUACUAUUCCACUCAAUGAUUUCGACAAGUACACAACGCCUUUAAGAAGAACGUUUAGUACGACAUUAAACCGGGAUGAGGUCGAAGAAGAAUUGUGGCAAUAUCUAAUUAGCCAGGAAAAGGAAUUGUCAAACGAAUUUUCUGAGGAAGAGUUACAUGAGACUUUAAAAGGCAUAAAUCAGUAUAGCCCUGAUUCGGUUCUUAGUCCACUUGAAAUAGAGAAUUCUUCUACAUCAGAAUGCUUUGAGAGUGUAGCUACUGAUUUCGACGGUCUUUUUGAGUCAGAAGAAACUCACUCCAGCGGUUCUGAGAUGGUUAUAUCAAAUGAGGAUAUGAAGAAAGAGUCUGAUGAUCUCUCUCUAGAUGGCGGAAUUCUCCAGUGGUCAUUUGGAUAUGAAGAAAGUCGGGACUUCUCUUACCUGCUCGAUGUUUUAGACGAGGCAGACUUUGAUCAUGUGGAUUUAAUCGAAUUUUCUAAGACAUUUAAUUCAGAGGAAUACCCAGUAAGACCCUUGAUGUUUGAGGCAUUAGAGAAAAAGUAUAGUAAGCAGACAUUAUGGAGAAAGUCUGAGAGGAAGCUUCUGUUUGAUCGUAUAAAUUCCGGGUUGAAAGAGAUUAUUACUAUUCCACUCAAUGAUUUCGACAAGUACACAACGCCUUUAAGAAGAACGUUUAGUACGAGAUUAAACCGGGAUGAGGUCGAAGAAGAAUUGUGGCAAUAUCUAAUUAGCCAGGAAAAGGUAAAGAACAAAGACUUGUCAGAAAGGGUUCUAGGGAAAGAAAUGAAAUGGUUUGAGUUGGAGGAAAAUGUUAAUAUCAUUGUUAGAGAAUUAGAGAGUUUUUUGUUUGAUGAACUUGCAAUAGAGUUAGUGUGCAGAGAUGAUGUAUGA